AUGGAGGAACCAACCCAUUUUGUUGUUGCAGAACACUGGACUAUAGCUGACCACCUCUACACCAACCAUAUUCUAAACUGCUUGUCCAAUGAACUGUACAAUGUUUAUUCUUCCUACAAUUAUGCCUAUGAAAUACGUAAUGCAUUGGACACUAAGUAUGCUCUAGAAAAUGCCGGAAAUAAGAAAUAUGUAAUUGCCAACUUCCUGUGCUUUACCAUGAAAGAAGACAUGGACGUGUCUGCCCAGAUAGAUGAGUUCCAUGUUCUUGUAGGGGAACUAGCAAAGGAAGGCAUGGUACUGCCAGAUGAAUUCAUUGCUGCUUCUCUCAUAGAGAAACUGCCACAUACAUGGAAUGAUUUCAAGACCAGUAUGAAGCAUAAGAGGAAGGACACUACUUUGGACCAAGACUACCGGUACCGAAAGUACUCUGGGAAACCGAAAGUCAAUUUGACUGAGGAUGUUAUCGCAGUAGUGGUAACUGAGGUAAACUUAGUUGAUAAGCCGAAGGAUUUAGUACUGGACACUAGUGCUACCAAGCACAUAUGUGGGAACCGCAAUUCCUUCUAUGAAUAUACAACUCAGCCUGAAGGAAAGCAAGUCUUCAUGGGAAACUCACAAACUUCAAAAGUCAUCGGCAAAGGAAAUGUGCUCCUGAAACUGACUUUAAGAAAAAUCCUAAUGUUGAAUGAUGUACUACAUGUGCCAGAGAUCCGACAGAACUUGGUAUCAGGAGCACUCCUCAACAAAGUAGGAUUGAAACUCACAUUUGAAGCAGACAAGGCCAUGUUAACUAAAAAUUAUGUAUUUAUUGGAAAAUGA